AGUCAGUUCGGGGCUUCGGCAAUUUCCGGGUCUUGCGUUGCUCUCGGGGUGGGCGCGCCGCGGGGUGCGGCUGGUGUGUGCCGGGCUGGCGCCCGACCCCAGCCGCUCUCCUGCGGGCCGCGCGCGCCCCCACUCGCCGCCCCCAGGGCCCUUGGCUCCACCGAGUUCAAAAAUGUCCGGAAAUGACAAACAACCACUUUUUGUGAAGUUUUUAAAAUCUUCAGGCAAUUCCGAAUGUUUUCUUAAAGCUCUUGAGUCAAUAAAAGAGUUCCAAUCAGAAGAAUACCUUCAGAUUAUUACAGAAGAAGAGGCAUUGAAGAUAAAGGAGAAUGAUAGAUCACUUUAUAUCUGUGACCCUUUUAAUGGUGUUGUCUUUGAUCACCUCAAAAAGCUUGGCUGCAGAAUUGUUGGUCCUCAAGUAGUCAUAUUUUGUAUGCACCACCAGCAGUGUGUCCCAAGAGCUGAACAUCCAGUUUAUAACAUGGUUAUGUGUGAUGUAACUGUAUCUUGUACAAGCCUGGAAAAAGACAAAAGGGAGGAAGUUCAUAAAUAUGUACAAAUGAUGGGUGGACAUGUAUACAGAGACCUUAACAUGUCAGUUACACACCUUAUUGCCGGAGAAGUUGGUAGCAAAAAAUAUUUAGUUGCCGCAAAUCUAAGGAAACCUAUUUUGCUUCCUUCUUGGAUAAAAACACUUUGGGAGAAGUCACAAGAGAAUAAAAUAACUAGAUAUACUGAUGUAAACAUGGAAGACUUCAAAUGUCCUGUUUUCCUUGGUUGCAUAAUCUGUGUGACUGGCUUAGAUGGUCCAGAAAGAAAGAGAGUUCAGCAGCUCACAGUUAAGCAUGGAGGUCAAUACAUGGGACAAUUGAAAAUGAAUGAAUGUACACACCUCAUUGUGCAAGAGCCAAAAGGUCAGAAAUAUGAGUGUGCCAAGCGAUGGAAUGUACAUUGUGUGACCACGCAAUGGUUUUUUGACAGUGUUGAGAAAGGUUUUUGUCAGGAUGAAUCCAUGUACAAGAUAGAGCCCAGACCAGAAACAAAGACUAUGCCUGAUACUUCAACUCCUACUGGCCAGGUUAACACAGGUGGUAGUCGGACUCUCUCAGAUGUCAGCCAUAUUUCCAACAUCACUGCAAGUUGCAUAAAUGAAUCGAUGUCUAACUCCAUUUUUAAUAGCAAAGUGGAUCCAGCACUUGAAAAUCUAGAAAAUCUGGAUGUCAGUGCAUUUCAGUCACCUGAGGACUUAUUAGAUGGUUGUCGGAUAUAUCUUUGUGGUUUUAGUGGCAGAAAACUAGAUAAACUGAGAAGGCUUGUUAACAACGGAGGUGGAGUUCGUUUUAACCAGCUCAAUGAAGAUGUAACUCAUGUUAUUGUGGGAGAUUAUGAUGAUGAAUUGAAGCAGUUUUGGGAUAAGUCAGCCCACAGGCCUCAUGUGGUGGGAGCAAAAUGGCUGCUAGAGUGUUUUAGCAAAGGUUAUAUGCUUCCUGAAGAGCCAUAUAUCCAUGCUAGUUACAAGCCAGUGGAAAUUCCAAUCUCAGACCAACCUGAAAGUAGAACAUCCCUUUUAAAAAGGAAUAGCAGCUUCUCCAAGAAAGAGUGUGCCUCUGCCGAAAAGCAUGAGCAGGCUGAUGAAGACCUGCUUUCUCAAUAUGUAAAUGACAACCCAACAGUAGUUGAAGCUGCAAAGUCUGAAGUGGGGGCCUUUAAUGACACUACUUGUAUUCAGCCCUUCAAUGAUUCUACUCAUAUUUCUCUGCCAGAAGAAAACCAAUCUGUCAGUCAUUGCCUCCCUGAUGCUUCUACAAUUACAGAAGAAGGUUUAUUUAGCCAAAAGAGUUUCCUGGUUUUGGGUUUUAGUAAUGAAAAUAAAUCUAACAUUGCAACUGUCAUAAGAGAAAAUGCUGGAAGAAUCGUAUCCCUUCAGAGCCGAACUGUUGCCGACUAUACUGUGGUUCCUCUGCUGGGGUCUGACAUAGAAACGGCGGUGGGGGAAGUCGUUACAAAUACAUGGCUGGUAACUUGUAUAGACUGUCAGACUUUAAUUGAUCCAAAGUCAAGUCCUCUCUUCAAGCCAGUCCCAGUAAUGGCAGGAAUGACUCCUUUAGAGGACUGUGUUAUUUCAUUCAGCCAGUGUACAGGAGCAGAAAAAGAUUCUUUGACGUUCUUAGCAGAGCUCCUUGGAGCAAGCGUUCAAGAAUUCUUUGUUCGCAAGGCCAAUGCAAAGAAAGGCAUGCUUGCUAGUACACAUCUCGUAUUAAAGGAACCAAGCGGUUCUAAAUAUGAAGCUUCCAAGAAGUGGAAUUUACCGGCAGUCACCAUAGCUUGGCUUUUGGAGACUGCUAGAAUGGGAAAGAGAGCAAAUGAAAGCCAUUUUCUGAUUGAAAAUUCAACUGAAGAAGAGCAAAGUUUAGAGACUGAAAUAGCAAAUGGGGUAAAUCUAAGUUCAGAUGCUCCAGAGCAUCCUGCCAUGCACCUGGGAACGCACAGGAAAACGGCCGUCACACCUUUAGAUAUGAACCGCUUUCAGAGUAAGGCUUUCCAUGCUGUGAUGUCACAGCACACCGGGCAGGUGCCAGUCUCCCCAGCAGGACAGCCACUCCAGAAGGAGCCCUCGUUACACCUGGACACACCAUCCAAAUUUCUGUCCAAGGACAAACUCUUCAAGCCUUCCUUUGAUGUAAAGGAUGCACUGGCAGCCUUGGAAACUCCAGGUGGACCUAGCCAAAAGAGAAGGAAACUGAGUACCCCACUCUCAGAAGUCAUCGGAAGAAACUUGAAGCUUGCUUUGGCAAAUAGCUCUCGAGAUGCUGUUGCUCUUUCUGCCAGCCCUCAGCUGAAGGAUGCUCAACCAGAGAUGGAAGAAGCUCCAAAGCCACUUCACAAAGCAGUGGUAUAUGUCAGUAAAAAACUCAGUAAGAAGCAGAGUGAACUAAAUGGGAUUGCAGCCUCUCUGGGUGCAGAUUACAGGUGGAGUUUUGAUGAAACAGUGACUCACUUCAUCUAUCAAGGGCGACAGAACGACACUAACCGCGAGUAUAAAUCUGUGAAAGAAAGAGGAGUACACAUUGUUUCAGAGCACUGGCUUUUAGAAUGUGCCCAAGAGUAUAAACACCUUCCUGAGUCUCUGUAUCCACAUACUUAUAACCCCAAAAUGAGCUUGGAUAUCAGCGCCGUGCAAGAUGACAGACUCCGUAAUAGUCGACUGCCCUCAGCUGACGGGACAGCAAAGGAUGAUGAGACAGAUCAUUUGCCUGUAGAAGAAAAUGAUAUAGAUAAUAUGAUGACCAGUAACAAAGAAGGAGCAACAUCAAAUGAAAAUGGAAGGAAUGACUCUAAAGGAGCUCUGACACAGACCUUGGAGAUGAGAGAGAAUUUCCAAAAGCAGCUGCAGGAGAUCAUGUCUGCAACAUCAGUGGUGAAACCCCAAGGGCCAAGGACUUCCUUUGGCAGAAAUGGCUGUAACAGCACCUCUUCGACCCCUGAGAGUGCUCGCUCUGCCCGCACAGGACGCAGCAGAGUGCUGGAGGCCCUGAGGCAGUCUCGUCAGACAGCUCUUGAUGUCAACACAGAGCCCUCCCAGAAUGAACAGAUCAUUUGGGAUGACCCUACCGCCAGAGAGGAGAGGGCAAGGCUCGCCAGCAAUUUGCAGUGGCCUAGCUGUCCCACGCAGUACUCUGAACCACAGGUUGACGUGAAAAAAUUGGAGGAUUCUCCUUUCCAGGACCCUUUACAUGAUUUAAAAAUUGUUGAACACGCUGUCCAUGAUCCUGGAAACGUGUGUGCGACUGAAGCUCCAAAACACCCAGUCUCUGAAGAACUGGAAACUCCAUUAAAAGACAGCCACCUGAUCCCUACACCUCAGGCCCCCAGUAUCGCCUUCCCCCUGGCCAACCCACCCGUGGCACCACAUCCUAGAGAAAAGAUUAUAAUAGAGGAGACUCAUGAAGACUUAAAAAAACAGUACACAUUUCAGUUGUCAUCUCUGAAUCCUCAAGAACGUAUUGAUUAUUGUCAUCUGAUUGAGAAACUAGGUGGCUCAGUAAUAGAGAAGCAGGCCUUCGACCCCAGCUGCACACACAUUGUUGUGGGGCACCCGCUACGCAACGAGAAGUAUCUGGCCUCCCUGGCGGCGGGGAAGUGGGUGCUUCACCGCUCCUACCUGGAAGCAUGCAGGACUGCUGGGCGCUUUGUGCCGGAAGAAGACUACGAAUGGGGAAGCAGUUCCAUCCUGGACGCGUUGACUGGAAUCAGCGUGCAGCAGCGACAACUAGCCCUUGCAGCAAUGAGAUGGAGGAAGAGAAUCCAGCACACACAGGAGUCGGGGCGUUGCGGGGCAUUUAGCGGGUGGAAGGUUAUUUUACAUGUUGCUAAUCAGUCCCGAGAAGCAGGAUUCAAACGUCUGCUUCAGUCCGGAGGAGCUAAGGUGCUACCUGGUCAUUCUGUGCUUUUAUUUAAAGAAGCCACACACCUCUUUUCUGACGGAAAUAAACUGAAACCCGAUGACUCAGGAGUUAAUAUAGCAGAAGCUGUUGCCCAGAAUGUGUACUGCUUGAAAACAGAAUACAUUGCUGAUUAUCUUACACAGGAAACCCCUCCUCGAGUAGAAAACUACUGUCUGCCAGAAGCUGUUUCACUUCUUCAGAAUCAUAAGGAGCCCGGGUCUGGACUGUCACAAAAGAGAAAAGCGCCUGCAGAGAAAAGUAAUACCAAACGGCCUAGAGCACACUGAUGGCGUCUCCUCCUGAGUUACCAGACGGUGAACGUUCUCACAUUAAAAGCCUCUUACUGUGACGGAUUCGUGUAAUGAUGUAGAGACGAGUACUUGAAGAAUUUAGCUGCAGAGUAUAAUGAUGACCCUGCUUGAAGUUAGUUUUUUUAACACCUGAAAUUUUAAUCAGUGAAAUAGUAACUGUCCCUGAAUGGAGAGCUACCUGAAAUAAGAAACAGCCCCUCAGCUGACUUGCCGUUAAACCGCCUGACGUGUGCAGGAGGCUUUUUAUGUAUUUAUUCUCUUGUAAAUAUUUGAGGCUAGCACUUAGUGGGAGUUUUAUUAGAAGGUGAUGGAUUUUGCCUUAAAACGUCUGCUUUAAUUCAUAACAAGGAAGCUGUCAAUUGGGAUUUAUUCAUGUUUUCCCUGAUUUUUAACUUCUCACCAGUUUACCUCUUUUUAACAGGAGCCUGAGCACAGGGUUUAACAAAGAACUGAGGCUUUAAACUUAAAAUGUGCGUGUAUAUGUGUAUGUGUAUGUUUGUACAGACCUCCAUGAUGUUUGCUAAGUUUGGGUGUCAGACUUGGGAAAUAAAGACAAUAAAGGGUAAAAGUAGUGACUCAGAUUAGUUUUAAGAUAUUUAAGUUCUUGAAAAGUAUUCUGGCAUUCAUUCUCUUGUUGAAGCAACAACAGAACUGUAAAACUGCUUAAAAAGCAAAUUUUGCUAGUUAUGUUUCUGGUGUUUGUUAUUUAUUCAGAAUAUUGUUUGAAUUGGUUAAAAAAGAAAACCUUAUUAGAACCACAAAAUUGCAUCAGCCUUUAUUACCAGCUACUACAUGCAUUACUACAGGCUUCCAAGUAUAAAGCUACCUCCUUUUGUUUAAGGGACAGAUCAGAAUCAGGACCGUAAUUUGUUAAAUUCCUAAUGACUCUUCCUUUGAAAGGCAUAUUCAGUGAAGGAUCCAAGUUCUUAACCUAGGCCAGUGAUUUUCAACCUCUUUCAUCUCGUGGCACACGUAAACUAGUUACUAAAAUUCUGUGGCACACCAAAAAAAUUUUUUUUUCCACUGACCAAAAAAGGUAUCAUUUUGAUUUGUUCACAUUGGACAUCUUUUAUGUUGGCUGGUGUCUUCCCCCCCACCCCCCAAUCUGAGGAAAAGACGUCAGUGUCCUGACUAAAUAGGUAUCUCAUGUUUUAAAAGUUCCUGCAGCGCACGGGCUGCGAAUCACUGACCUAGACACAGAAAGCCUGACAAGAGUAGCAGGUUUCUCCCUGCUGCUCAAGAAUUGGCCCCUUGCUCUGGUCCAGGCAUGUACAGGAGGCAACUGAUAGAUAUUUCUCCCUCCCUUAUUUGUUCUUUUAAAAAAUACAUAUAUAUAUAUAUAAAAUCUCCUCAGGUGGGCAUUAAAGAGAAUUGGCUCCUGAACGCAUUUAGGUUUGAGCUAGUUCACAGUUUAGGUCGGUACAAAGUCCUGCACAGCCAGAUAGGUGCAGCGCUGUCGUGUAAACUGUACUGCCUUCCCCCAGCAGAAACCCUCGUGGGCCUGGUUUCCUCAGAGUCACUCAACGUCCCAGUGGGGUGGUUUCACAGACUGUUCUCAGUACAUUUCCCUGAAUCUCACCAAUGAAAAAUUCUUUGACGUAGUUAAUACUCCUCAAAACUUCUUGAUGAAUACACUGAUAAAUGUUACGAUCCCUUUUCUAUCCAAAAUAAAAUUACCUAAUGUAUCAUUUCCUGCUAAAAUUGCGAACUAUUUUCCCAGUUUGUCUUAUUGACACAAUUUACAAUUUUAAGGCUCAUGAUCUGAGCUCCUUCUGACUCCAGACUGUCCGCACCCUGCACCAACCAUUCCAGCUCUGCCUGUGACUCAGUCUGGAAAUGCCCUGAUGCCAGCAGAGCCUUCCUUCCUACAUGCAAACCAUUCCAAGUGUAGAUAGUUCUCUCAUUUAAAAAGGAGAGG